AGCAGAGCCCUGUGUCCCCCAGGACCCCAAAGUGGGGAGCCCAGAGAGGGGGGAGUGCUGCUAUUUUGGGACCCUCAACAGCCUGGAGAGGGGCGGGGGGACUCCUUGGAACCCCUGCACCCCAAAGCAGAGAAUAAGGGGAGAAGGGACCACAAAAACCCCCAGCAUCCCUAAAUGGGGAGAGGGAAGAGGGGGGAGCUUUUUGGAUUCCUGGGACUCCCAGCAGCCCGGGGAGGGCGGGAACCGAGUAGAUGGGGGACCCCCAAUACAAGCGUGACCCCCAGCAGCUGGGACAGGGGGGAACCCCCAAACACCAAAGGGGAGGGACCAUUCCCAGGAACCCCUGGGAGGCAUUUUCAGGGCUGAAUGUUGGUGUUUGGGAGGUUUUUAUGGACCCCAGAUGCCCGGGGACUUCUAGAGAUGGACUUGGACAGUAGAAACCUGCAACACAACGCGCUCAUCCCUUGUUUUUCCCCAAACCAGGAUUUCCAUUCCCAACCCUUGGCCCAAUGGAGGAAGAGGAGGCUGCGAGGAAAAGGAAGAUGCCCCAGGAGCCGCAGGCAGACAAGGAGCUGAGCACGGAGAGCAGGGAGGACAAAUCCCCGCGGCAGAACCUCGUGGAAGAGGCCGUUUGGAGCGGCUCCACGGUGCAGGAAUGCAACGGGGAGGAAAAGCCACGGAGAUCCCGCACGAGGAGGGGCUGCAAACGCAGAUGGCGGGGAUCUGAGGAGGAAAGCCCCAGCCUGGGCCAGGGGGGCGGCCAGAGAUGGAGCCAGAGCUCGGAGCUGGUGGUCCAUGAGCAGAUUGGUGAUGGGGAGAAGCCCCACAAGUGCUCAGAGUGUGGGAUGAGCUUCAGAUAUAUGUCUAAGCUGAUCUACCACCAAAGGAUCCACACUGGGGAACGACCCUACGAGUGUGGGGAGUGUGGGAAGGGAUUCAGAGUCAGCUCACAACUGAUCCGGCACCAGAUGACCCACACGCAGGAAGGACCCUACAAAUGUGGGGAGUGUGGGAGGAGCUUCAGCCAGAAAUGCCACCUGAUCUGCCACCAGAGGACUCAUACUGGGGAGCGGCCAUACGAGUGUGAUAAAUGCGGGAAGAACUUUAAUCUCAUCUCUACUCUCCUUCAGCACCAGAGGACCCACACAGAGGAGAGGCCCUUCCGCUGCCCUGACUGCGGGAAGGCGUUCAGGAGAAACGCCCAUCUUGUCAGGCACCAGCGCAUCCACACCGGGGAGAGGCCCCACGAAUGUGAGGAGUGUGGGAUGAGCUUCAGUCGGAGCUCCUGCCUGAAUCGACACCAGAGAACUCACACUGGGGAAAGACCCCACGAGUGUGAGGAGUGUGGGAUGAGCUUCAGUCGGAGCUCCUGCCUGAAUCGACACCAGAGAACUCACACUGGGGAAAGACCCCACGAGUGUGAGGAGUGUGGGAUGAGUUUUAGCCGUGGUUCCCACCUGAUCCGCCACCAGAGGACCCACUCCGUGGAACAGCCCAACAAGUGUGGGGAGUGUGGGAAGAGCUUCAGCCGGAGCUCUCAACUGAUCCGCCACCAGGAGAGCCACACUGGAAAUGUGGAGGAGAUUCACACUGAAAACGGCCCUAUGAGUGGGAGGAAUGUGGAAAGUGCUCCAGGAAGCAUUCCAACCUGAUUUGCCACAAAAGUUUCCACACUGGGGAGAGGCCCUAUGAGUGUCCUGAGUGUGGGAAGAGGUUUCACUCCAGCUCCAAUCUCCUCCUGCCCCAGCACACACACAGAGCAG